AUGCACGGUGAGAUGAGCUUAGAGACGACGAACUCGCCGAUUAGCAGCGGAACAGAGAGCUGCAGCAGUUUCAGCCGAUUUUACGCGGCUGAAGUUCUUGUGGCGCUGGAAUAUCUACACAUGCUGGGUAUCAUCUACAGAGAUCUGAAGCCUGAAAAUAUCUUAGUUAGAUCGGACGGUCACAUUAUGCUCUCUGACUUUGAUCUCUCCUUAUGCUCCGACUCAAUCGCAGCCGUUGAAUCCUCCACAUCUUCACCGGAGAAUCAACCCCGUUCUUCCCGGCGCCGACUCACUCGACUCUCUAGGAUCUUCCACCGAGUCUUGCGGUCCAAAAAGGUUCAGACGCUCGAACCGAACCGUCUCUUUGUUGCCGAACCGGUCACCGCUCGGUCCGGUUCGAUACCGAAGAAAUCGUCGACGUUCGGUGGUAGAGCUAGUAAACCAGCGGCGUUCGAUUACUUUUGA